UCUGUCUCAGUACUUCUUCAUGACAGACGGGGAGGGGGAAGCAGAGAACUGUAAGCUCAGUAUCCAUCUUAAAGAGAAAAUAGGAAAGAGAAAUCGCGUCCCAGGGUUAUCCCUCAAAAACGGUAUCUUUUCCUCCUGAUCCGUGCUUGGGAGCCCCAGGAGGGGGCUGUGUCAUCGGCUGUAGGAUGUCCCGACAUGAGGGUGUGAGCUGUGACGCGUGUUUAAAAGGGAACUUCAGAGGGCGCCGGUACAAGUGUUUAAUUUGCUACGACUACGACCUGUGCGCGUCGUGCUACGAGAGCGGCGCCACCACAACGAGACACACGACAGAACACGCCAUGCAGUGUAUAUUAACCAGGGUAGACUUUGACCUGUAUUACGGCGGUGAGGCGUUCUCAGUAGAGCAGCCCCAGAGCUUUUCUUGUCCUUACUGUGGUAAAAUGGGAUACACAGAGACAUCCCUACAGGAGCAUGUCGCCUCCGAGCAUACAGAGACCUCCACAGAGGUGAUCUGUCCAAUAUGUGCUGCGUUGCCGGGCGGGGACCCCAAUCAUGUGACCGACGACUUUGCUGCUCAUCUCACACUUGAACACAGAGCACCUAGAGAUUUAGAUGAGUCCAGCGGCGUCCGGCACGUGCGUCGGAUGUUCCACCCCGGUCGCGGGCUGGGCGGUCCCAGGGCACGCAGGACCAACAUGCACUUUACUAGCAGCUCCACCGGGGGGCUCUCCUCCUCACAGAGCUCCUCGUACUCACCCAGUAACAGGGAAGCCAUGGACCCCAUAGCAGAGCUGUUGUCUCAGCUGUCGGGCGUGCGGCGCUCGGCGGGCGGCCAGCUCAACUCGUCGGGCCCGUCCGCAUCUCAGCUGCAGCAGUUACAGAUGCAGUUGCAGCUGGAGCGCCAGCAGGCCCAGGCGGCCCGGCAACAGCUGGAGACGGCCAGGAACACCACGCGACGCUCCAACCCCGGCGGCAACAUCAGCGCCACCAUCCCCCCGCCCAGCGCCGUCGCCAACUCGGCCGGCGUGGCCGAGAGCAACCCCAUGGCCUCCCACAGCUCCCAGUUCCUGCUCACACGGUUAAACGAGCCCAAGAUGUCGGAGGCGGAGCGGCAGGUGCUGGAGGGCGAGCGCGCCGACCGCAGCCUGUUCGUUCAGGAGCUGCUGCUGAGCACGCUGAUGCGCGAGGAGAGCUCUUCCUCGGACGAGGACGAGCGGCGAGAUUUCGCCAGCUUUGGGGCCAUGGGCUGCGUGGAUAUCAUGCCUUUAGACGUGGCCCUGGAGAAUCUCAACCUCAAGGAGAGCGGUACAGGCAGCUACGGCAGCAGCUCGAGGAGCUCUAAGGAGCCUCCACCGCCUCCUCUUUGAUGUUAUCCCAGCACCACGCAGACUUUGUCCUCUGUGCUGCUACUGCCAGUGAUGGGCGGGCGGUGCAGCAGGCUGUAUUUUGGUUUGUUUUUUGGUGAUUGUAAUUUCAGGUCUGUCACCUUUGUUACAUUGUGUACAACCAUAAAAAAGGAGAACGGGAGCGAUUGGGGAAAGUGCAAGUGGAUGAGUGCGCAGCGCCGAGCGAGUGAUGAAGAGAAAAUAAAUAUAUAAAUAUAUAUUAAAAAGUUGAUAAUCACAUAAUUUUUCUUUAGCAGGUCAGCAUUAGGUAGCCGUGGCAGACCUCUGCUUCCUGUUCUCAUGCAAAAGGCUCCUUUAUAAAUACUCCACAUUCAAAAACUGAAGAGGAAUCAGACACCCUCUGAUGAAGCUGCUGUGUGUAUUUAUGACUUAACUAAUAAAGUGCUUGAAUGGUU